ACACCAUGAAGCAUCUACAGGCUCAAUUCCACCAUGACGGCGCCGCAGGGUUGUUGGACGUGCAAGAGAUACGGGAUUCGAUUGGUCUGGCCUGAUGAGCCUUGUGCCAGGCGUGGAGAACUCAUCUUAUGCCGUGUGGCCAACGCCGCGACUCCCCAUGAUUACCCUCAAGACAAUUACUGCAGAUUCUUGAACUUCACCUGGAUGGACUUUUGCCUGAAGGAAAAGCGUCUUACUUGGCGUCAGUUCAUAGAGCGAACAUCUGCAGGGCCGCUGCAUACCCUGUCGCUCCAUUCACCAAUCGUUGGCGAAGAUGCCAUGCUUUUAGCGUAUUGUCUGUAA